CAGUGCCCUGAUGAUCGGUGCCCAGCAGUGACACCCGCAAGCUCCGCCCAGCAGUGCGCCCACUAGCUCCGCCCACCCCCCUGUGCCCAGCAGUGCCCCCACCUGUGCCCAGCAGUGCACCCACCUGUGCCACUCUGCAGUGCCACCUACCUGUGCCCAGAAGUGCCACCUACAUGUGCCCAGCAGUGCCACCCACCUGUGCCCACCCACCUGUGCCCACCAGUGCCACCCACCUGUGCCCACCAGUGCCACCCACCUGUGCCCACCCACCAGUGCUGCCCACCAGUGCCACCCACCAGUGCAGCCCAGCAGUGCUG